AUGGACGCCAAAUUUGAUUCCGCCCACAACCGGCUGAGCGGUCAUUAUGAAGCACUCAAUUAUCGAACAAGCCGUCUUGGUUUUCAAUAUCAGUCGCUCAAUAGUCUCUAUGAAGCACUCAAUAACCAAAUGAAUAGCCAAUCUGAAGCACUCAACAAUCGAAUAAAUGCACUCAACAAUCGAAUGAACGAUCAAUACGAAGCACUCAACAAUCGAAUGAAUGGUCUCUAUGAAGCAAUCAAUAAUCAAAUAAAUAAUGAAUAUGACGCACUCAACAAUCGAAUGAAUGGUCUCUAUGAAGCAAUUGUCAUAUCGACGCUUAUGGGUGACGUAUUCCUCAGUGAUUUCCGAUCGGCAAUACCGCAUUCCAAUCAAUGGCGCAGCACAGAUCCCG